CUCAGUUGAGCCUUGACUGACUGAGUCUGCUCAAAGCUGCGUGUGAGAGCUUUUGUCUCAACCUGAGCUCGUCUCAAAUUUUCAAACUUUCACCCCCAUAAGAUCUUCUCUCUCCUCCCCUUGACCUCCUCCUCCUCCUCCUCCUCCUUCAACAACUCCACUUCCCUGUCGCCAUUUCGAUCUUCUCGAAGCUGCAGGACCCCCCGGAGACUCCCAGGCCACCAAGAUUUUCCUUCUUUCUUUCCCUUUUUUCUUGGGUCCCAGAAAGGGGGGAAUUUCCUCGGGAAUCUGCUGCCCCUUCUGCAUGUUCUGCUCCACCUGGUCGGGCCUCCGGUUGGUAUCAUCGAAAGUUUCGAACUUGCUCGAGUUCUUGAAGAUGAUCCCCGGAGUCUCUGCGAUCAUGUCGAGGGGAAUGUGAAGGGAGGUUUUUGGUUAAUUAUUGGUGGCUUCUGGGGUUUUAGCUCUUGCUGGUUUUAGGGUUCCUCUCGCGAUUUACGUACUUCUUGGUCCGGAAUUUAACUUGCCGGGGCUGGAGAGUGAUUACCUUGGUUGGUUGAAGAAUCAAGCGACUGCUGAUCAGCUGUCGCACCGGUCUCGUUUGAUCCUGAAGCGACUGAGUGUUAUUCAGAUAGUCUUUAUCUGUUGAAAAUAAUCAUGGAUGCAAGCCGUGCUGCUUGAGAUAACGAUGCUUGGAUGCUUUUCUUGACGAAGAGAAUGAUUGUAAAAGGUUGCUGUCAAUGCUUCUAAUGGUGUUACGAAUGUUUCACGCCUUUCUGUGCAGCACAAGAUUCAGGUUGCAUAUAAAGGUGAGAUGGUAGCAAAAGACCGGCAAAAAUCUCCUGGCUCUGCGAAGGCGGAGGUGGGGGAGAUAGACACCAGAGCUCCGUUUCAGUCAGUUAAAGAUGCAGUUAAUCUAUUUGGUGAAGGGGCUUUUUCGGGAGAAAAACCUGCUAUUAGGAAGCCUAAACCUCACUCCGCGGAGAGGGUUUUGGCAAAAGAAACGCAGCUUCACCUUGUGCAAAAAGAGCUAAAUAAGCUGAAGGAACAGCUAAAGAAUGCCGAAACCACCAAGAGCCAAGUACUUGUCGAGCUUGAGAAGGCUAAGAGAACGAUGGAGGAGCUUACCCAAAAGCUAAAUGCUGUGACUGAAUCUAAGGAGCAGGCGAUUAAGCAAACAGAAAGUGCAAAAAUCUUGGCCAUGCAGUUUGAGGAGGCCAAUUCUGAUGGGUUCACUGGAACCAACGAUUCUUGGAAGCAGGACCUAGAGAAAGCAAGGGGACAGUAUACAAGUCUCAUUACUGAACUCGACACCGCGAAGCAAGAGCUGAGGAAGAUGCAGCAAGAUUGUGAUGCAACAACAGAGACGAGGGUUGCUGCACUCAAGCAAGCUGAAGAGGCCGAACUUGCAGCGAAGGCAAACAUUGAGAAAGUUGGUGAACUCUCAAAGGAGAUUUCGGCUAUACAAGAAACUCUAGGGCAAGUGAAGCUCGCGACUCUUCAUGCGCAGCAGGAGCAAGCAAAGAUUUUCACUGAGAAAGAUGUCCAAAGAAAGGCGUGUAAAGCUACCUUGGAGGAAUCGGCAAAGCAAUUGCUUACUUUGAAAAAGGAGUUUGAUCCUGAAAUGAUUCAAAAUCUUGAAGCCCAACUGGCUGAGACGGGGGAACAAAUUGGGUCUCUGAAGAAGCAAAUGGAGAGUGUGAAGGCUUCCGAUUUAGAAUCUGUGAGGACUGUCACAUUGGAGCUGGACGAUGCUAAGGGAUCGCUGAAGAAGGUGGCAGAGGAGGAGAGCUCACUGCAGAGUUUGGUGGAAUCCCUGAAGGUGGAACUAGAGAAUGUGAAGAAAGAGCACUCCGAACUGAAGGAAAAGGAAGCGGAAACAGAAGCAAUCGUUGGGAAUCUCCACGUGAAGCUCCGAAAGAGCAAGUCUGAGCUUGAAGCUUGCCUUACAGAAGAGUCGAAAGCAAGGGGUGCUUCUGAUGAAAUGAUAGCGACUCUUCAGCUGUUAGUGUUGGAGACUGAGAAUGCUCGGAAAGAGGCAGAGGAGAUGAAGGAUAAGGCGGAGGAGUUAAAGAAGGAAGCAGAAGCCACCAAGACCGCUCUGAAGGAGGCAGAACAGAGGCUGAGAGUUGCCCUCGAGGAGGCUGAAGAGGCGAAAAUGGCUGAGGUUAAUGCCCUUGAUGAGAUCAAGAACUUGUCGGAGAGAACAACUGCUGCAAGAGCCUCCACUUCCGAGUCUGGUGCUAAGAUCACUAUCUCAAAGGAUGAGUUUGAUAGUCUGAGCCGAAAAGUGGAGGAGUCUGAGAAGUUAGCAGAGAUGAAGGUGGCUGCUGCCCUGGCCCAAGUGGAAGCUGUGAAGGCAAGCGAGAAUGAAGCCCUCAAGAGAUUGGAGGCCACCAAGAAGGAGAUUGAAGACAUGAAGGCAGAGACAGAGGCGGCCCUCAAGAGGGCACAGAUGGCGGAAGCUGCCAAGAGGGCAGUGGAAGGAGAGCUCCGGAAAUGGCGGGAGAGGGAGCAGAAGAAGGCCGCUGAGACUGCAUCCCGAAUUUUGGCUGAAACCGAUGUAUCCUCUGACUCAUCCCCGCCGAUCUAUAAGGUGCAGAAAUACCAGUACCAACCUGGGAAAGCUGCUGAGCGAAGACUUGAGAAGGUGAAGACUUCGGUUUCUAAGAAGGUUCUUCGGUCCAAUUUCAGCGGCAUCUUCAGCAGGAAAAAGAACCAGAUUGAGGGCGGAUCCCCGUCUUAUCUUCCUGGAGAGAAGCCCGUGUGAUAUGGCUCUGGCUUUUGCAGAUUUUUUCUUGGGAUUUUUCUGUUCGUGUGUAUAUGAGAUACCAACUAAGGUUGGAGUUUUUUUUUUAUCGUUGUCUAGUUUUGAGAGGUGAAGAUUCUUAUCUUGGAAGCAAGAUUUGGGAAGUGUGAUAAAUUUAUCCAAGGUGGAAGUUCAACUGAUGGCACAUCUAUUCUGCUUU